AGCUGGAGCUUUCAUCAUCAACCGCAUGUUGAGCCUCCAUCUAUCAAACAAUCCACCCGCCCAUCAACGUCGCAUCAUCUCCUCCGCGGAAACGGCCUCAGAUAACACUAAAGUUCUAACCUAACGACUCAUAUUUCUUCCGCCGAACUCACUUCUUCCAAGCAACAACCACGUCCUCCAAAAUGUCUCAAGCAAUGCGUAUCGUCCCCGGCAACUCCAACGCCCAGACCUACACUCACAUUUCGCACACAUCCUCCGCCCCCUCCGCCCCGGGCAUCCACGAUACUCUCCGCCACGGUGUCGGCGCAUCCCCCUUCGACUCAAAGUCCACACCCGCCUCUGCUCAUCCCCUCGAAGCCCGCUUGAAGAACUGGGAGGCUACUCAGGAGGCUCUCAAGAUGGAGACACUCCGACGCACCUACGGCAUGGCUGAGCCUAUUCGACGCGGUAUGGAGCUCAAGAUUGUUCAGAACGGCGAGUGGCGGCCCAUGGCCCUCGGCAAUGGCCUCCCCAGCGUUCACGAGGAUAUCCUUAGGGGUCGUGAUGCUACGAUUACCUGGGAGGAUGUAUUCACUGGCGAUGAGACAAGGGCCGUUGCUGGAUUCCACGACGAGAUGGAAAAGAAGCUCAAGAUCCAGUAAACAAGCCGGCUGGCUGUCUCAAAGGAAACGACGACAUAGCCAUCUCCUUGUAUACCAUAAAUUACAACACUUUAGACAGGCUCAAGGAAGUUAACGAACAAGAGAACCAACGUCUGUUCUUCUGCUGAGAAGAUGAGACCAUGCAAUCGCAACAUAAAUGCUUUCUAUACUGCUAUGAAUGCGCUGUGAUUGAUAACGCGUCGACAAAUAUGCCGAAGAAAAAGAAGAUUACAGAACAAAAAUACAACCAAACCCAUAACUCAGAAUACACGAUGAUACGCCAAUGUAGACUCCGGUGUCCCCGUCUCCCACACAGCAGAAUCGUCAUACGCUUCUGCUGAUAAAUACAUACAAUAAACCAAGGAAAAGUUAUAAGGAAUGAAUGAGUGUCACCCGAAUGCUCAUCAACUAAAGUGAAGACUAUGGUGGCUAAAAAGACCCCGCCGACUCAAAACGUUGAGUGCAUGAGAGUCUUUGGACUUGGCUCUUCUCGUGAGAGCAUGCGUUGAGCAGUCAGUCUGGAAGUUGCCUGUAGUCAAAAAAGUGGCCUUCACUUAUAAAAUGAUACAGCAAUUGCUGUCCCGCGAACGUUGGCCAUCACCGCCGCUCGAUGAAAGGUUCUUAUUUCCCGCCUUGGGUUCUUCCUCAUCAAGAUCCUGCGGCCGAAUGCUCAUAUGUACAACAUUGGGGCUCUCGGUUGAAAGUUGAUAUUCUAUGGGGUGGUUAGCAAAUGAUGCCCCUUGUCUCAGGUCGACAGCGCGCCUUACUUUUCAAUUGCUCCUUAUCAUCUAGGAGCUUUCCGAAAUGAAUGAGUCUAAUGCUGCUGGGACUUGCUGGUUUUGCUUCCCAAUCACUUCGCCAUUCGCGCAAUAUUAAUUCCUUGAGGGUAUAAACGCUGAUACUGAAGGGAUCCGGAAGGCCACUCUCCGUCUGGUCUGGGAUAUCCACGCUCCUCCGACUCAAGUACUUGGCAUCAAUCUUGUACGGAUGUCGGCUUCCUGAAGUAAGGAGAAGGGUAAUGUUGCAAACGGGUCCGUCGGAAGAACCCCCUGAAAUUUCUCUGAUGUCGUCCACAGCAGGUCCGAUGCCCAGAUUCGAGUCUUGCUUAGUAGGUGGUGGAGGAGGAGCUGUAUCCUUCUCCUUUCCCUUCGAUGAGGCUGCUGCAGUGGCUGCUGAGUUAUCGGUGUUCUCGGAUGUAGCUGGCACAGCAGUAGACGGUGCUGGUUCAGUUGUAACUGUCUUAUCGGCGGAUUCGGGGGCGUGAUCGGCAGGCGCCUGCUCGGAGGGCUGGGCAAUGUUUUCCAUGGCUACCGCAUCGUUAGGCUGUUCGAGCCGUGAAGUUUCAACUGGCGCAGCCUUACCACCACUCAUGGUGGAGUCCGCUGGAGCCGACAUACUGGGUGAAGGGUGAUGGCGCGGUAAGGAUGUGAUCUGAGGUCACACCACGCAGAAAAGGGAAGAACGCGAGAGGAGGAGCGGCGUAAACGAGUGGUUCGUUCGCUAGCAAUGCGAUUCGAUGCGAAUUUUGCGACUAUUUGAGGAUGUCGGAUCAAGGAUGCGUAUGAAAAUGAGGAAUGCGAAAGUGGAUGGAAAUGGAGAUGUGGAUGAAUGUAGUCGGUAUCCGUAGCGUGGCCAGGUCUCGGGAGCAAAAGUGAAAGACGUCAAGUUCGCUGGGAAGAUGGCUAAGGAUGGAUCGCCCAGGCCGGGGGCCGCAAGACCGGGGGUGGGGCAGUGAAUGGCCCGGAGUCUCGUCCACUCAGAUAAAACGCUCAGACAUAGAGCAGAUACAAAUGCAACGCGACAACCAGGCAGGGCAGAGUUGAGGAACGCGGGUCUGCAGUACGUA